CAGAUUCUGUGUCUCCCUCUCUCUCUGACCUCCCCCAUUCAUGCUGUCUCUCCCUGUCUCAAAAAUAAAUAAACGUUAAAAAAAAAUUUGAAAUGUGCACCUUAAAGGAGAUUUCCCAGGAGCCAGAGGAGUUGAAUGGGGGACUCUCAGGCCCUGGCUGCUGCUGGGGUGCCUUGGCUCUCUGGAGGAUAUGGCAGGCAGAGUCAAAGCCCCAUAGGGGAAGGGAUGGACAGGGUGGAAAGCCGGAGGUGGUCUCCUCUCCCUGGCAGGGAGUCCCUGCCCUUGCCCUACCUGAAGCAGGAAGAGCUGCACAACAUCCCCAGCUCGGAGCCUCCCUGCCCCACCUUCCAGUAUGUGCUCUGUGCAGCCACCUCGCCGGCAGUGAAGCAGCAGGAGGAGACCCUCACCUACCUGAACCAGGGCCAGUCCUAUGAGGUGCAGAUGCUCUGCAACCCCAAGCUGGGUGAUACUACCCAGUGGGCCCGGCUGUUGAAGGUAGGUGCAUUCCCCUCCAGAACUGGCAAGGGUUGGGUGGUUCACUGCAUCAGCACCGAGUUCACUCCUCGGAAAAAAGGUGGAGAGAAAGGUGUCCCCUUCCGCCUCCAGAUUGACACUUUCAAGCCCAGUGACAAGGAGCUGCCACCUGAGCACCUGCACUCAGCUGGCUGCCUCAUCAAGGUGUUCAAGCCCAAAGGAGCUGACCGGAAGCUGAAAACAGACCGGGAGAAGAUUGAGAAACAGCCCCUUCACGAGAGAGACAAGUAUCAGGCUGCCAGUGAGACUACGGUCUUCCUGGAGUGUUCACCGUGGCCAGAUCCCAGUGCAGGGCCCCACCCGCCUCUCAGCCCUCUUGCCCUCACCUCUCCCCACGCCUGCAAGCUCCUGUCCACGGAGAGGCUCUGCUCCUCCCCACCGUUCGCCUUGGACACCUUGGGGGGCAGCCCCGCUGAGGAUCUGAGCCCUGGAGCCUCCAUCCUAGAGACACAGCAGUGGUUGCACCGGCACCGGUUCUCCAGCUACUGCCGGAUGCUGGCCAACUUCACUGGCACUGAUCUGCUGAAGCUUACCCGCCGGGACCUUAUCCAGAUAUGUGGGGCUGCCGAUGGGAUCCGCCUUUUCAAUACUCUUAGAGCCAGGCCCAUCCGUCACCGGCUGACUUUAUACGUGGCUCAGGAGGCCUCUAGGCAAGAGAAUGAGGUUCCUAAGAACCCUGACUCAGGCUUUUAUCAAGAGAUCUCUCUAGAUGAACUCAGUGUUGUAGAGCUGAAGGGGAAACUGGCUGAGCUCUUGGCCCUCCCAGCCAAUCAGAUCCACCGCCUUUUCCACCAGGGCCCUGGGGGCAUCCUCAUUCUCCUUGGUGACCAGGUGGUUCAGAAUCUUAAGGAUGAAUCAUACUUUGUGGCUGUGGUGAAAAAAGUGCAGAAUCCAGAUGGCUACUACCUGGUGCUGACCUAGGCCCAGGGACAUCCCAAUGCAAGAGUUGGAGACUGAUGCCAGCCUGGUUCUCUGGAGCCCCGUGUUCACCAGAGGUCUCGUUCAAAUCCUCAGCUGCUUCACCAGGCUCCAGGUGAAGCAUCGUGUACUACUCCUAGACAGGAGGUGAGCAGCACCCAGGCUCACAUCUCUUCCUGCUCAGCAGCAGUUGUUGGAACCUGGGCACAGCCUCCCAAGCUCAGCUCAGCUGGCCAAGCCUGUGAGGCACAUAACUUGCCAAUAAGGUGCUUUUGCCCCAAGCAGAGCUGCCUGAACACAGGUACAUCGAUCCAUGCUUAUUUAAAAUUGUAUUCACCAUUUCCUUUUCUUAAAAUUAAAAGUUAAUUUAAAGGUAUGUAUCUUUAA